AUGUUUGCCAAGUCUCAUGACCAUCUUACCAACUCCUUGCUCUCGAUCAGUGCACAGCAAGCAGGCCACUCCAUCGCAACCAACCGCAUGUAUGGGCGAAGUGAGGAAUCCUAUCGGCAGUUCGAAGAAGACCGACUCUCCACCAUGGUGAAGCUCACUAAGAUGUGGCAGAAAGACUUGGGAUUGAUUGAAGGGGACUUGUCGAAAAUAGCAAUUGGUGGGGUUAUAGAUAACAACUGCCUGGAAGAAUGCUACAAACCCACACCCACGGGAUUUGCUCCGCCCCCUCUAACACCCAUUACUCAGAUCAACGAGAUAGAGGAAGUUGUCCAAAAGCUGCUCCAACUUGUCCAGUCUCUACGAAAUGAGACUCUGCCGGUUCAGGACCCCUCUGUGACCCAAAAUAUGUUGCCUGUCAGCGAGGCUUCCACUAGCAGUUUAGCUCUCAAUCAGCCCUCCCCUCAAGACCUCGUGCUUCCCUUGGAGGGCGAUUUUUCCGACGACGACGAAGCCGCUUUGAACUUCACAUGGCUGAAGGAAGUUCCAGAAAACACCGCAUAUGUGUGCAUCGAUACCACAGAAGAAGGCUUGUCCCUGUUUCUUGAAGAAAUUGAUCUUGGGAAUCGCACCAAUUUCUCACAGAGAGAAAGGCUGAGGUCAGACUGCGGCCCACCACAGCCCGCAUUCUCUCCAAGCUCAUAUUCUCUUGGCAGUGCUAGCCCAGCGCCCUUGAUUUGGCAAGCACCCAACUUUGAUGAUGUUGGAGAGCAAGGCGGCCUCAUGAAUGCUGGGCAGCUUCAAGCAUCUGGUGCUGCCGAGUCACGAGGGCAGGUUCAAACGAACGACAUGGGGUAUGGGCCAAGAUUUGGCACAGAAGAAUCCAGCGCUCUUAGGGGCGUCUCAGUGCCAUUGAAGAGGUCUCUCCAUGCAGACGAGGGCCAUGAUCUAGGCUCUGCCGAGCCGGAGUAUAGCCACGAUCCCAAGCGGCUGAGGGGCCAGCAACCUGAUCAUAGAAAUGGCCAAGCUCAUCUGAGGCUAGCAGACAGGAUGAAAACCAUGCUCAUCAGGCACCAGGGUCAUCAGUAA